UGUUUAUAUAAUUAUCACACGGGGCGUAUGCGUUAUAUGCAAAUUAAUUGACACAGCAGGACACUGGGUGAAAUCGCUUUAAGUGAAUUAGACACGCGGCAGGUUCUCAUACACCUGUCAAAUGCUUAAUAUCCAUUCAGCUACAAAACUAUCGCUAACACAUAGCUUCACGCUCCAUGGCCAUUUACUCCAUUGUCAUCCUCAAUCUCGUUGUGAUUCUCAUCGGCAGCGUCGUCAUGGAUGGCGAACAACUUUUGCGUUAGCCAUUUGCACCCCCAAGCUCCAGCCACAAGCAUAUCUACUGGCUACAGUAACAACAACAACAACUACAAGAACAACACUGGGCACAACUGUUAUUAACGAGAACGCCCACAAUGCCAUCUCUGCGAUGGUCUCGCCUUUGAUGUCGCCAGCAGAGCACCAGAGCAGCAGCCACUGAAGCAUUCAACAGACCAUCGACCAGCAUUUACCAUCAAUGUACCAUUUGGCAGCUAUCCAGUGUUAGAACUUCCCAUGAGGGUGUGGGUUGCGGCUAGAGGUUGUUGGCACUUUCCGUGCCAUUUAAGUUGGAGGAGAGUUCGAACGGGCUAACGAAAUGCGAAUGGUCGCCCACAAAUGUCAUUGGAUUAUUAUAAAACUGGAGUAUUUAUUGCAUAACAUGUUCAGACACAUUCAUUGGGGCAUCUAUGGUCGCUGAGCUGUCAUCGAUUCGCCACACUGCGAUUCAGUUAGACGCGGUUCGGUGCGGUUCAAUUGAAUAAACUGGUUACUAGACAUGCAAUGCACGGCUGAACCGCCAUUCUAGAUUUAGUUUUUAAUAUGAAUCGAAGCUUAAAUAUCAGAAACCAAUAUAAUUAAUAUGAACCCAAAA